UUUGCCUCCUCCUGUUGCAGAAAGAAGAAGCCGCUCCUCUGGACGGCUCCGGCUCCACCUCCCACUCUCAGUCUGCAGCUGAAACUCCCCACAGCCACGCCAAGAAGACUAAAAGCAGCCUCUGAUGCCUGCUCUGCUUCCAUUUCGCUGGCGGAUCCUAGAAACUGGGGGAAAGAAGCCCCUUCCCUGGAUCAGAAAGCCCUGUUCCCUGCAAACCAGACGGGGCGGGCUUGUGGACCUCUUGGGCCGAGCGCCCCCUAAUGGAGAACUCCUCCCAGGACAGCAAAGAAGCCUGGCACCAGCUGCUGCUGUCCAAUGGGACUGCCGGUGGUAACACCAGCAGUGGCAGCUUCAAGGUGCUCUCCGGCUCGCUGCUGGUGCUGCUGGUGCUGAGCACCUUGGCCGGCAACAGCCUGGUCUGCCUGGCCGUGGUCCGCUUCCGCCACCUCCGGGCCAAGGUCACCAAUUGGUUUGUGCUCUCGCUGGCCGUCUCCGACCUCUGCGUGGCCCUCCUCGUCAUGCCCUGGAAGGCGGUCACCGAAGUGGCUGGAGGUGCCUGGCUCUUCGGCGGACGCUUCUGCGACGCCUGGGUGGCCUUCGACAUCAUGUGCUGCACGGCCUCCAUCUUCCACCUCUGCAUCAUCAGCCUGGACCGCUACUGGGCCAUCGCCAGCCCCUUCCGCUACGAGCGGCGCAUGACCCCAGGCCUGGCGUCCGCCAUGAUCGCUCUGGCAUGGACUCUCUCCAUCCUCAUCUCCUUCAUCCCCGUCCAGCUGCAUUGGCACAAAGCUGAGGAAGCUGGGAGCCUCGGUCGCUCGUUGUCAACCCAACGCUGCGACGCCAGGCUCAACCGCACUUACGCCGUCGCCUCCUCCUUGAUCAGCUUCUACAUCCCGGUGACUAUUAUGAUUGGGACCUAUACGCAGAUUUACCGCAUCGCUCAGGCUCAAAUACGCCGUAUCUCCUCUCUGGAAAGGGCGGGAGGGCUUGGUCUGACUCAAGGGAAAGAACCGGCCUCUUCUCUCCGGAGCUCGCUUUGCAAGGAGACCAAAGUGCUCCAGACCUUGUCCAUCAUCGUUGGGGUCUUCGUUUGCUGUUGGCUGCCCUUCUUUCUCCUCAACUGCCUACUGCCCUUUUGCGAGUCGAGGCCGGACAGUAGUAGUCCCUUGAGGAGGGACCCCUGUGUCAGCCAAACUGUCUUCAACGUCUUCAUGUGGCUUGGCUGGGCCAACUCUUCCGUCAACCCUGUCAUCUAUGCUUUCAAUGCAGACUUCAGGCGGGCCUUUGCGAGCCUCCUGGGCUGCCGUGGCCGUAACCUUCCAUGUCGGACGGCCAACAGCUCCACUGUCGAGAGAGUCAACUUAAGCAAUGAGCUGGCAUCCUAUCACCAUAAUUCUUCUUGUCACAAGAGAGGAAGCACCUCAGCUCCGUUCAUUCCACCUGCCAUCGGUGCGUGGAGUCACUCGCUACCCCAUGCAGUGGAUUUUCAAGGAGAAGACGAGAGCUGUGGGAGACCCCUCUUAGAGAAAGAGAGGCCGCCAUCUUGUCCAGCCACUCAUACCAGUGAUUAUAGAAACCUUGAUCGGCCAACUUUGCUCCCCUUUGAAUGUGAGACCGAGAUAUCAUUGGAUACUCUGACGCCCUUCACAGAGAUGGCUGGACAUUAGAAUCUCUACAGAAUGUAUGGAUGGAUAGGGCCACCUAACAACAUUGGAUGAAUAAUGCUGCAGAGCUACAUUACACAAAAAGCCAUGUUUAGUCAGGCCAAAGGCAUGUUUUGUCCAAUGUCUUGGGACGGCAACUUGACUCUAAGAAACCUUUAAGGAAGUCGGGUGGAGAAUGGUAUUUUCUUGCUCUUUGAUAGGAAUCCAGGAGCUGGAGGUAGUCUACAGCCAUUGCAACCAUCCUCCAUGAAUUUGUCUCUGUCUUCUUUUAAAGCCAUUGUAAGUUAUUUUUCAUUUUUCAAGGUGCUAGUUUCUUAGUGAGGUGAGAAACCUGGGGUUGGGGUUCAUAUGAUCCCAC